AUGGCCUCAAUUCUCAUCACCGGAGCUACAGGCAAACAGGGAGGCUCCGUGGUAAACAGCCUUCUGAAGAAAAAUGCCCCCUUCAAGAUCCUCGCCGUAACCCGUGACAUCAAUUCUACUUCAGCAAAGAAGCUCGCUCAGAAGUCCUCCAAUAUAACAUUGAUCGAAGGCAACCUCCAAGACCCAGCUGCCAUCUUCGAGAAUGUAAAGCGUCAAACCUCAUCGCCAGUUUGGGGGGUGUUCAGUGUUCAAUCCGCCAAUCCCAAAAAGGACAACGAAAGAUGUCAAGGAAUUGCGCUUAUAGACGAGUCCAUCAAACAAGACGUCAAGUACUUCGUAUACAGUUCCGUCGACCGCGGUGGCAAGAGAUCAGAGCAAAACCCAACCCAGGUCCCGUAUUUCAUUUCCAAACACGAGAUUGAAGACCAUCUCAAAGAGAAAACAAAAGGGACCCAGAUGGAAUGGACCAUUCUCCGUCCUGUUGCCUUCUUUGAGAAUCUCACGCCGGAUUACUAUGGAAAGGUGUUUGCAACUGCAUGGAAGAUGUCUCUGAAGGGCAAGCCGCUGCAGCUAGUUGCUACAAGUGACAUUGGGUUCUUCGCUGCAGCAGCAUUUAUGAACCCCGAAGCAUCAAAGAAUCAUGCUUGCUCGCUUGCUGGCGAUGAAUUGACGUUUGAUCGCAUGUCAGAGAUUUUCAAGUCCUUGACUGGCCAGAAUGUACCCACCACUUAUAGGAUUCCAGUUUGGUUGAUGAUGGCUGGCGUCAAGGAGCUGGAUGUUAUGUUCAAAUGGUUUCAUGAUGAGGGAUAUGACGCAGAUAUUCCGGCUUUGAGAAAGUUGAAUCCUGAGUUAAAGACCUUUGGGGACUGGUUAAAGGAGGAGAGCAAGUUUGAGACACGCGAGAGUUGA